AUGAUCCAGAUCGGGCUUUCUCUGCUGAUAGAUCCUGAGAAAAAGUCUCUCCUUUCUGCAGCUCGUCAAGUCAAACAUCUGACUUCGUACAUUGGAACAGAAAUCGUAGGAGUCCAGCUGAGUCAACUCACCCCCCAGCAGAAAGAUGAUCUAGCACUCCUGGUAGCUGAGCGGGGUGUUGUCUUUUUCCGAGCCCAGGAUCUUACCCUGGAGCAGCAGCAUGGCUUUACCGAGCAUUAUGGCAUUCAAGAUCGUGAUCCAAACCAAGUCGAUCCGCGUCAUGUCGCCAUCCUCGGUCGUGGGGGUAAUAUCCGCCAAUAUGGGCGCACUGGAAGUGGAGAAUACCACUCGGACCAUUCGUUCGAAAUCAACCCUCCGGCAUAUACUUUGCUACGGGUUGUCAGGACUCCAGAAUUUGGUGGCGAUACGAUCUUUACUAGCCAGACAGCGCUGUAUGAUAAGCUGAGCCCAACUUUUCAGAAGACAUUUGAAGGACUGCAUGCUGUUCAUAGCUCGGAUCAAUAUUUCCUAGAUGCUGUCAAUAACGAUGUGAAGACCUUCCGGUAUCCAGUCAGAAACGAACAUCCACUGAUCCGCACUCACCCGGUUACCAACCUCAAGUCCCUCUUCUACAAUCCCAGCUUUGUGAUCCAUAUCUCUGAAUUGAAGAAUCAAGAGGCAAUACAUACUUUAAACUUCCUGCGGGAACAUCUCCAUUCCGCGGACGACCUAUCUGUUCGCUGGAAGUGGGAGCCCGACAGUGUCGCAUUCUGGGAUAAUCGUGUCCUCGUUCAUCGAGCUGUUCCUGGGGGUUACAAUGUCGAAGAACGUGAGGGAAAGCGCACGGCUAUUUAUGGAGAGAAACCAUUUUAUGAUCCUAAGGGCCAGAGUCUCAGCGAGUGGAAAGAGACCCAUUCUCUCUGA